UCUGGGUGUCCCCCCCCCCUCCCCCACGCCAGGCCCCCCAGAAACGGAUAGAACCCUAAUUACCAAAUCCAUCCAUCUCUUUCAAAAACCAAAAGGAAGAAAAACCAACAACAAUGGCCCCACGGCCCCCACUUUUCUGGACUCCUCCUCCUCCUACGCCGGCAACGACGCCGUUUCUUACGGCCUCCACCUCCAGUUCCAAUGGUACCUACCUUACUGUUUCAUCCCCUGCACCGCCGAACCCAACGGAGCUCCUCCUCCAGAUGAACCCAAUUCAGCUACCUCCAGAACACUCACCUCUUCCCCUGCCUCCACCGCCUCCGUCUGCGGCGGAGAAGACGCAUGACGGCGGCAAAGGUAAAGACGCCCGCCACAAGAGAACUGUCAAAAGAGGCGGCCACCGCGUGCGGCUGCCGGCGCUCUGCGCCGCCAGAAUCUUCCAGCUUACUCGCGAGCUAGGAAACCGCACGCAUGGCGAGACAGUCGAGUGGCUUCUCAGCAAUGCUCACCUCCCUCCUCCUCCUCCUCCAGGCAUCGCCACCGCCGCCGUCGGAGCCGCCGCGCCAUUUAUGGCUCCGGGACUCCUGACGCCGAAGAAGGAAUUCGAGAUGUUUCCAAUCACGACGGAAGGGCUGCUGGAUACGAUGUCGUUUACUUCACUGCUGAUGCAAACAGGAAACGUUGGAUGCGAGGAAAACGGCGUCAUCUAGAAAAGUUUUGUUGUAUUUUGGAUUUCCCCAAUUUUGAAGCUCCAUUUUCGUUUGACUCGAAGUGGACUAACGGGGGGGCCACUGGUUGACUAGUCUUUAUUUUUUAUCCUGUGACCGUACCGUUUGUUUGUUAAGGAUCAAUCAAAUAGGAGUAGUACAAUAGAGAGGAGGGAGAUUAGAUUCCGGUAGGGGGACCACGUUUAUGUGGUAAUCAUUUGUAUAAUUUUUCUGUUUAGCUCUUUAGUGUAUCAGUGCUUAGUAAUAAUAGUAAGCUUUUCUUCUCUAUUCAUGUUUUUCGGAUGUUUUGGCUAUUUUGUUGACCAAACCAAACUAUGAUGAAUUUCGAAGAAUAUCAAUCGUGUUUC